CCCCCAACAGCGAUUUACCUCUACCCAUUCUUCGAUCACGCUCAAAACUUCCAAUUCUCCUUGGUCCUAUCUCAAGCACUCCUAACCAUAGUCCACGCAUCAUGCCCCCCAAGCGAACCAAAGCCGACUACGAAGCCGAUGACUUCGUCGUCUCCGACGAACAUGACGAUUCCGCUCCCAGCAAGAGAUCCAAAACCUCAAAGGUCGCCUCAAAGGGCGCGAGUAAAGUUAAUAAUAAACCGCAAACCGACGACGAAGGCGGAUUGUUCUGGGAGAUCUCUAACACUCGACGGGUCACGAUCAGCGAGUACAGAGGGAAGACGAUGGUGAGCUUGCGGGAAUAUUACGAGAAAGACGGGAAGGUGUUGCCCGGGAGGAAGGGAAUUACCCUUACGCUGGAACAGUACUCAAAUCUUGUCACUCUGCUACCGCACAUCGAGAAGGUGCUGGACGAUCGAGAGGAGCAGGUGGCGAGACCGGAAUAUGAUGAGUUGAAAGCGGAAUCGGCAGAGGAGGAUAAGAUCGAGGUGAGGGGUAUUGGGGGGUCGAAACCCGAGCCGUCGAGGCCAAAUUUCGUAGCGACAGAUGAUGAGGAUGAGUGAGUGAUAGUUGUGGUUGGGAAGAGCUGCUUGGAUGAGGUGAUUUUGGCACACAUACCUUGCCUAUUUGCGGUAAGGAGAUGCGCCGCUAAGUGUAUUAUAGUAUGAGAACAACCGUCGGUUCAGACGGCGUUAACGACAGGAUGAAUCAUCUUCCCAAGCGUGUAGGAUAAGUACGCUUGCAAAGGGGGUUGACAGCGCUCACUGUGGAGCGCCGAUGACACGGCGAGAGAAUCUUAUAACGGGCCGAGUCCUUGAG